ACAAGUUAAAAUGUCUUCUUCUGCUUUUUGGGAUAAUUACAGCGGUGGUCAACAACUAGGUCACACUUCAGGCUAAAAUCGCAGCAAGAUUAUUUUGAUAAUUCUAUUUUUGGUAUUUCAAAAAAUCUGAUUCGACAUCUUUCGGGCAGAUAAACCAGGUCAUUGCAUGGCAAAUGAACAGUACAUCGGACAGCUCAAAGAGACGUUUGCCACCAGUGUCCCAAGUCGAAUUGCUGCUUUCUUUGCGGAGCCAAUCCAGGGCGUUGGAGGAGCUGUGCAGUACCCUAAAAACUUCCUGAAGGAGGCUUAUACACUUGUGAGAGAGAGAGGAGGGGUCUGCAUCGCUGAUGAGAGUUGAGCCAUGGCCAACAUUCAGAUCCGCAAAUACCGAGAGGACGAUUCCGAGGCAGUGAAGGAGAUCUUCACCAUGGGGAUGAGCAAGCACAUCCCUUCGUCCUUCAUGCACGUCCUGAAGCAGCCGCUCAUGCAGAUGGUGCUGAUGAUCGUCUUCUGCGCUCUCAUGACCAGCUCCAAGUCCUUCCUGCUGCCCAUCCUGGCGCUCACCCUGUGCCUAGCCGGGGCGCGGCAGUUUGUGGUCUACAUUUUCAACCAGUGCAUCGACUCCUCCCUCAAGAAGGACCUCAACAGCAUCAGUGAGACCUACCUGAGCCAGAAGGACUCUGGUUUCUGGGUGGCUGAGAGCGAUGGCCAGGUGGUCGCCACAGUGGCGUGCCUCCCCGCCCCGGAGGCGCCCGGGUGCCUGGAGCUGAAACGCAUGUCCGUGUGCCGCAGUCACCGCAGGAUGGGCAUCGCUAAGACUCUGUGUCAGACAAUUACUGAUUUCACUCGUGAGAGGGGCUACGCAGCCGUCAUUCUCCGAACCUCUGUGGUACAGACGGACGCUCAGAAGCUCUACGAGAACCUGGGCUUCCAGAAGAUAAGAGAGUUUGCUAUUCCCGAAUUUCCUGCCAAAAUCCUAAACAUCAAUAUGCUUGAGUACAGACUGGAUUUACAGAAAGACGGGAAAACUGACUGACUCGAGCAGAGAGACGAUUUCAGGUCCACUCUAACAUUCAUUAACCCAGUUUCAUCAGUGCUGAGGUUUCUCUAGCACGCGUUGCACAACUGAAUCAACAAAUCAUUAUUGUUUUCAAAAGCUCUUUUUAAAAAUAGUCAGUCACUUGUAAUACAGUGGAAACUGCUUAUAGUGAUCACGUUGGUCCCAGGUCUUUCUCUGUUAAUUAUUA